AUGGAGCAAGGGGAGGCAGCUGCACCGGUGACCGAGGAGAGGAGUGGGGAGGAGGAGGAUGACUUCGGCUACAGGCUCUUCCCCGACCGGGACAAGAAGCCGCAGAGCUUCCUGGCCCGCAGCCUCUUCACCUUCCACAACAGGUGUCAGCUGAUGCUGAGGAUGACCCUGGAAACGAAUCCGUAUGCGCAACUUCUUCUUGAGGCUAUGAAGCAAUCUGGUUGCACUGUCUUCAAUGACCGACACUUUUCUUGUGAAAACUGUGAUGGCUGUGUCAGUGGAGGUUUUGAUUCUGCCACAUCUCAGAUUGUUCUGUGUCAGAACAACAUUCGCCAGCAAGCCCAUAUGAACCGUGUGGUUGCACAUGAAUUGAUUCAUGCUUUUGAUCACUGCCGUGCACAUGUUGACUGGUUUAAAAAUGUCAAACACUUAGCAUGUUCAGAGAUUCGUGCUGCUAAUCUCAGUGGAGACUGUACAGUGAUGAAUGAAAUAGCCAGGUUUAAGUUUGGAUUGAAAGGACACCAUCAGACUUGUGUCCGAGACAGAGCAAUUCGUUCCAUUCUGGCUGUUAGAAAAGUUAGCAAAGAAACAGCAGAAAAAGCUGUGGAUGAAGUUUUUGAUGCUUGCUUCAAUGAUCUGGAACCUUUUGGAAGAAUCCCGCACAGUAAAAAAGAUGCAAAACGUGCUUAUAGAGACUUUCAGAACAGAGACCGGUAUAAUGCUAAUUUGUGAAGAAAAAUUGUGAAAAAUUGUGUUAUAUCUGAUAGUUCUAUAACAUCUGGAGUUAGAGUCUACGCACACAGUGCUCGUGGAAAGGACAAUUCUAUCAAAUGUAUCAAUUUUGUAAAAUUCUCCAGGAGCCAACUUCCAUGAAAGUAAGCAAAGUAAAUGAACAAAACUAAAAACCGUGUUUUCCUCACCUGUUACUCCAGCAGGAUAAUUUAGUACAGCAAAUGACUUGUCAAAAAUGAUUUGC